GAGAACGCGCUGCACCUGUGCUUAUGACACACCCGUAAUUUAUGCGGGUGUGGCGAUCCUCAACAAUUUACGAAUUGACAGCUUUCAGCAUAAUUUAUAGCCUGAAACGGCUAAUUAACAAAUCGUGAUUCUCCUUUACAAAAUCAGCGCAGUUUCGGAAGGAAAACUUUAGCCUCUCAGCCCAGAGCCGUUCUCUAGUCUAGAAGAUUAAGCUAUGAGAUCAGAAGAAUAACUGCUCGGUUGAGAACCGCUGGUUUAUUUAUCGUCUCACUGGUCAAUUUAAUACCUGUUGGCUUAUCAAGAUUGCAGCCACCGAAAUUAUAAAUGUCUGAAAUAUCCACUCAAUAUGUCUGAUGGGGACUAUGAUUACCUCAUCAAAUUCCUGGCCCUUGGUGACUCUGGAGUGGGGAAAACCAGCUUCCUCUACCAGUACACAGAUGGAAAUUUUAACUCCAAAUUUAUUACUACUGUAGGCAUUGAUUUCAGAGAAAAAAGAGUGGUCUACAAAUCCAAUGGUCCAGAUGGGGCAACAGGCCGAGGACAGAGGAUUCACGUUCAACUGUGGGACACCGCCGGUCAGGAGAGGUUUAGGAGUUUAACAACAGCUUUCUUCCGAGACGCGAUGGGCUUCCUACUUCUAUUUGACCUCACAAAUGAGCAGAGUUUCCUCAAUGUCAGAAACUGGAUGAGCCAAUUACAGAUGCAUGCUUAUUGUGAGAAUCCCGAUAUUGUACUCUGUGGAAAUAAGAGUGAUCUGCAGGAGCAGAGGGCAGUCAGUGAAGACGAGGCCCGUCAGCUGGCAGAGAAGUAUGGAAUUCCAUACUUUGAGACAAGUGCAGCCAAUGGACAGUUUGUUAGCCAGGCUGUGGAUGUCCUGCUGGAUCUCAUCAUGAAGAGGAUGGAGCGCUGUGUUGACAAGUCCUGGAUCCCUGAUGGGACCGUUCGAUCUAACGGACACAGUGGUCACUCUGACAUCACGGAGACCAAGAGCUCAGAGAAGGGCAAAUGCGCAUGUUAGGUCCUACAUAAAGAUAAUUCUAUUUUUGUAGGAAAAGGUUGUAUGUAUGAUUAAAGGCAUGUCUCAUCUGUAAAUCCAUGCUUUUAACCCCUGCCAAAUAUACUGAAGCAAUAUUCUGUUGUGUUAACUUCAUAAUGACAUUUGGGGGGACUAUUCAUACAAAUGUCCAUACAUGUGCCUCCUAAAUGACUUAAUUUCAUAUAACUGUGUAUUUUAGAUUUUAGGAUGUAUGUAUAUUGUAAUUUAUUUGUUGUAUUAUUUGAGAACACCGCCCUCUGUUAAAAUAACUGUGUUUCUGGAUUUCUAUGAAAGGUAACCUAUAAUUACAUGACUGAUAUAGUUUUUUUUACUCCAAAUUUCUUUAAGAAUGCUAAUAUAACAUUUGAAUUGUGUGGGUGUAUACUGGUCAUUAAAAAUAUUAUUGAAAGUAGGCUGCUGAUUGGCCAGCGGAUCCUCUUUAUGCUCUAUGAGUAAAGGGCAAGACAUUUUGAAAUGAAACAUAAGUAUUUUUACCCAGUUUAUGCAUUGGUCAUACAUUUUAGUGUAGAAUAAUUCAAUAUGAUUUGAGUUAUAGAUAAUAAAAAAAUUGACUUGACAGUUACUAUUAAAAGGAAAUCCAUGCUGGUUACAAUGAAGCAUUUUACACAACUUGUUCAGGCUUUUUGUCACAUUUCACUUCAUUUUAUUACUCUACAAUUUCUUGAGCAUAUGCAAUAUGUGGUGAAUAUAGUGAUUUGUUGUAUAUAGGCCUGCUAUGUAGUAGCAGAGUAGUUUGGUGUCUAUAUUUUCGCAAUGUCAGGAUCUUGGGUCUCUUAUCAGGAUUUUUUGAGGUUCUACUUCUCAUACACUGUCUUUAAUCUGCUGUAUCAAAACACUGUUUCCAUUCCCAACCCAUGCCAAAUAUUGUGCCAAUUUUUUUUUAAAGUAAAUACAUUUUAUUUA